AGAGUCUUAUUAUAAGACCCACAAAUCCCGGAAAAAUUAAAUUCCAUAAAAAUCACAGAAGAUGAGAAAGAUAAGCACCCACAACACAACAGUACACAGAAUUAAAAGCUGAAAAGGAGAAAACAAGAUCCACCUCGAUCCUCUCUCCGCUUACAAUUCAACAAUUCAACCAUUUCAAUUCUCACCCUCUUCUCUUACUCACUCCAUUCCUCAAUCCAAUUCUCAACACUAAUAUUUUUUCACACAAUCGCAUCCCCUUUUUUUUCUAUAACCUUUUCUUUCAUUGUCAAGAUCAUGUCUUCUUUUUGAAAAACCAGUUAUUGAUUUUACUAUCCAAAAGCCUUUGUCUCUUUAUUGAAUCAGGAACAGACCAGAGAGAGAAAGAGAGAACAGUGAUUUGGGUUUGUGUUGGUGGAUUUGGACCAAAAUGAGAGAAGAGGACUCAAAUUGGUUCUCAAGAUGGGAAGAGGAACUCCCUUCCCCAGAGGAACUCAUGCCUUUGUCCCAAACCCUAAUAAGCCCUGAUCUUGCCGUAGCUUUUGACAUAAGAAACACCUCACAGCAGCAACAACAACAACAACAGCUACUACAAGUUUCUCAUCCACCACCUCCUUCGUCAGAUCCUUUGCCUUCUCAAGGCAAUCUCACCCAACCCAGUUCCGCGGAAUUCACUGAUUCCGCGGAAUUGGGUUCGGGGAAUGUGGGCGAGGAACCCGCCCGCACCCUGAAGAGGCCACGCCUGGUGUGGACCCCACAACUCCACAAGAGGUUUGUGGAUGCUGUGGCCCACUUGGGGAUCAAAAAUGCUGUGCCUAAGACCAUAAUGCAGCUUAUGAGCGUCGACGGAUUGACUAGAGAAAAUGUCGCCAGCCAUUUGCAAAAAUACCGCCUUUACUUGAAACGCAUGCAGGGGUUGUCUGCUGGCGGUGGCGGAAACGGCGGAGCUGCCUCUGCCGAUCCCGCCACCGACCAUUUGUUUGCCAGCUCGCCCGUGCCGCCACAUUUCUUGCAUCCAGUGGCACGGGCCAGUUCUGAGCAUUUCCUGCCGUUUGUGCCGGUUCCGGCUUUGCGGCACCACCUUCAACAGCAGCAGAUGGCGGUGGCUAGCCACCCGCAGUAUCACCGGCAGGUGGCGCAUUUCGGUUCGCCCCCGAAUGGACACUUUGAGCUUCCCUUUCUGUCAAGGCAGUCUCAAAAUGUUCAGAGGAUUGGGGCUCCGGUGCACAGUCCCGUGCCAGGUUACAUGGAGGACAUGGAAUCAGCCAAUGCUACUGGAGGGAGAAAGGUUCUUACUUUGUUUCCAAAUGGAGAUGAUUGAAUGUGGUUAUUGUAAUUGUUAUGUGUGUUUGGAAACAAGUUAAGAAAUGUGUGAACGUGGAUCCAUGAGAAAAGCUAUGGCUAGUAGUGUUGAAUUGAAGGUGGAUCUAUGACUAUGUAAAUGUGAUUCCAAACAUACUAUAUGUUUAUUUGAACUUUGUAACUUUUUCUAUAUAUCAACCUUGUCUUGUGAAAUUAAUAUCUGAUGGGGCAUGAGUUUUGUUAGGGUCUAAGUGGGUAAUUUUGUGUUACGGGUACAGAUAAUCUUGGUGGUAUUAAUUGGUCAUGCUUAAGAGGCAUAAACAAGUGUCUUGUAUUAAUGAGUACUUCGGAUUAAUUUUAGAUUCUGCUCUGGUUGCCUUAUAGACAACGGCAAAUGUAUCAGUAGUUACCUUGUUGUUAGAGAGUCUUUAGGGAGCAAUGAUGUCUGUACUCUGUGAAUUUUGUGUGUAAAUCGUUAGUUGUGUGGUUUCAAGGCUUCCUAUAUGUUGGUUUAUCCCAUAGGAGUCUGGGAAUCAGCUUCAUUUCAAGGUAAUCUUCUAGAGCGUUACUGAUUGAGGAGUUUUCUAUUAGCUUUGGCUGGAACAAGUUUGUUAUUUGGCAUUGUGCUUAUUGGAUAUCUAAGGAAGUAUGUCAAAAGUUGGCACAUUUUGUUGUGAACUCUUUGAGUAGAUCCAGGAGCUUCUAUGCAGAAGACCUGUCCCCUGAGUUUCAUCUUUACUUUGUUGGGUUUCUUUUGUCUUGUUAGAAAUCAUGAUUUCUCAAUGUACGAAUUACUGAGAUUCCUAGUGAAUCUUAUUAUUUGAUGAGCAAUUUUCUCGUCACUGGGAUAUUAGCUAUACUCUGUUUCAGAAGCACAAUGUAUUAUGUUCUAACCAUUUGUGUUGAGUUUCUUUCUGGUAUUCUGACUGGCAUAGUAAGAUGC